AGAAAUGACCAAAUCUCACACUUUAUUUUCAUUACUGAAGUCUUUAUGGCUACGGAGCACUGGACAGCCGGGAUGGUGUACUUGCAUGAUUUGCCGAGAUGAAAUGCUAAAUCUUCCCGAUCCACUUGGGUUUUCGGAAGAUGCUCGAAAACUUCAGAAAAGAUUGCGCAAGAUGCCUAAGGGUUACAAAUGCAAGUCCUGCCUACUUAAAGGAAUCUUUCAUAACAAGAACGAUGAAACAUGUAGCAUAGGCACUAUCGAAAUCCAAAGAGAAGGCUCUAUUCAUAUAAGCCCCCAUGCGAACAUGCCCUUACCUGAACCACCCGUACAGCCGAAGAUAGUCAAAACUGUCAGUUUCUCGGAUCCAUUAGAACAACACUAUUUUCCGGAUAGGUACGGCAUAGAACUUAUAGAAGACGAGGGCUAUCAUAGAGAGUCAACCAGCUCUUGCGAAGGUUACGCCUACAUCAAUCGCACGGACUACUCUCAAGUGGAGAUGAAUGAGAAGAAACAUCUAAAAGUUGUAAGGAUGUUAGAAAUGAUAGCUGAGGCGCCAACGACAUCAGCAGCCCAUACACCUCAGAAGGAAGAAGAGACAUCGGAUGUAGAUGAUGGGUACUCGCUUUACGAGGCUCACCCACCAACGUUGAGAUUCUCAAACCCAGUGAAAUUUUUUCAUCCCGAUGCUGACAGUAUGGACAGCUAUGGCACAAUUACCAGUCAGGAAAUUCUCGAAGCUUUCGAGAAGGCAAGCGAGGAACUACUGCUAGAUUCUUUCACAAGCAGUGUAGAAUCGCCACCAAAAGCAUCUCUAGACGACUGCCUUUACACGGACCUUGUACAUUCCUCUUCAAUGGAGUCGACAUAUGUAUGA